AUGAAUUCACUCGGUCAGCAACAUGCCAACCAUAUUCAUCAAUAUCUUCAACUACAGCAAGCAGCCGCUGCCUCUGCUCUAAGUGCGCCAAAUCCACUCGGUCUCAACGGCGCCACUUCACUGUCAAACCAUCUUCAAGCUUCAGCUAACCUCCAUCCUCUCAGUAUCGGUCCUGAACCUUGGGCUACUGCUUCUAGUGGACCACUUUCUUUACCACUCCAACACCAGCAGAAGUAUGCUCAGAUUGAGGAAGAGAAGAUCUAUGGAUUGGUUAUUGAACUGUUGAAUCCAGCUACUAGGGAGCAGGCUUUGUCAGAGCUGAGUAGGAAGAGGGAUCAAUACGAAGAUUUAGCUUUAAUAUUAUGGCACUCCUUUGCUCAUAUUCCAUUCUUUCUGUAUCCAUUUCUCAACACAACAAGCAAGAUAAGACCUUUUGAGUUUUUGAGGCUAACGAGCCUUGGUGUAAUUGGAGCACUCGUCAAAAACGAUAAUACAGAAGUAAUUCAGUUCCUAUUGUCAACAGAGAUUAUACCUUUUUGCCUUCGAAUUAUGGAGACGGGCAGUGAACUAUCAAAAACAGUGGCCAUAUUCAUUGUUCAGAAAAUACUCUCAGAUGACACUGGAUUAAAUUAUAUUUGCGGAACAUAUGAAAGAUUUUAUGCUGUUGGAACAGUCUUGAACAACAUGGUCAAUCAAUUAGUGGAGACUAGAGCUGCUCGUCUUCUUAAGCAUGUCGUACGCUGCUAUGUUCGAUUGUCAGAGAAUCCAAAAGCGCGGGAAGCACUUCGCCAGUGUCUACCAGAACCUCUACGCGAUGCUACGUUUUCACAAGUUCUCAAAGACGAUCCUCAUACGAAACACUAUCUUGCACAACUGCUUCUCAAUCUUUCAGAUAAUGUAGUAACUAACAACUGA